AUGAAAAAUAGUCCUCGCCCCAUCUCCGCCGCCGCAUUAGCGUCCGCGGGCUCCCACCGCCUCCCCUACCCCCAUCCGCAUCUCCUCCUCCUCCGCCGCACGUCGGCCGCCCGCCGCGCGCCAUCCCCGCCGUCCGUCGAUGGGCCCCCGCGCGGCAGCACCGGGGCGAGCCCUGUCUGCGCGGACGCCUCCAAUCCUCCAUCGCCGCUCGACCGUCAGGAAGACGGAUCCGUCCUGGCCCCUCCGUUGCGGCAUGUGGCCGUACGAGCACGAGGGCGCUCGGCCGUGAACGCCGGCCAUGGCCUUGCUGGUGCCAGCAGCGCAGGAAUGAUAAAUGCAUUUAAGCUUAUCCAACCUAUGAAGGACAAAUACCCAGGUAUCACUUACGCUGAGUUGUUCCAGUUAGCAAGUGCUACGGCGUUUGAGGGAGUUGCUGAUCCGAAAAUAAUUCCAAUGACAAAUGGACGGGUUGAUGUCACGGUAGCUCAGCAGUGUCCACAUGAGGAGAGGUUUCCUGAUGCUGGCCCAUGUGAUCCUACUGAACUCCUUCGGGAGGUAUUCUAUACAAUGGGCCUUGAUGACAAGGAAAUUGUUGCACUAUCUGGAGCACACACAUGUGGGAGACCAAGGCCUGACCGGAGUGGCUGCGGAAAGCCAGAAACAAAAUAUGUUGUAUGUUUUUAUGGUCUGCCCGCUUCAGUUUAA